AUGGAGGUGAUUAGGGAUGGUAAAGCGAUGGACGUGGCGCAGUUCGUGGUGAUGGUGAUCAUGGAGGGAUACACCAUUGGAUUGACCAUCUUGGUAACCGAGGAUCCGUCACCAUUCCCCGAGGACGAGCCUGCACAGAAGAACAAAAGUGACUUUUGGCAAUCUGUCUUGACUUCUGUUGAUCUCCCUGUGAGAUUUUCGACAAAAGGAAGGCAACUUGGGUUAAUUCAAGGAGUUCCUGUUCCUGCCCUUUACACUUUCUCUGUUGCUUCUUUUGAUAAAUUAACUUGCAAGCUGAAGGAUGAUCAGCCUUUUAAUGAGCUGACCACGUUGAUACGGGAUCCUCUGGACCUGAUUCUUUCAAAAAUAAGAGAUGUUGUUCCUCCUGUAGCAUCAAAAGCAAUUGAGGCUGUGAAUAUGCCUCCAACCAAGUCAAUAGAACCCUCCAAAGUGAACAAGAAAAGAAAGACUUCAGAUUCUAUUGCUCCAAAGAAAGCACCAGCAAAACGCGGCUUUAGAAAAGUAAUUAUUCGUUCCUCAGAAUCUCCAGAGAGUCCUCCAACAUCUGAUCAAUCUUCAAAGCUCACGCUUCGAGCUAUGAUGAAACCGCGCACACCAAAAGAUACUCCCAAGACUGAUCCAUCCAGUGUUGCUUCCCCUGUUCCUUCUCCUAGCAAGGCUCUUAUCAUAUCAGCCCCAAAUCUUUCACCAGUGAUUCCUGCUUCUUUGAUAGAAGUUACUGCUGAGUUGGUUCAAGAUCAACCUCCUAUUUCAGAUUCUCAAGAGGGUAUACCAACGCAGGAUACUUCUACCAAUGUCAUAGAACCUGAAGAAAAUCUUCCUCUAGCUCUUACUGCUAUAGCUUCUGGCAUACCUGCUUCUGCACCUCAAGAGAUUCCAACGCCCGAAGAAACGACGAUUCAGGAACUUUUGAGUGUGCAAGUGCCACCAACUUCUCAGAUUAUCACUGCUUUACCUCCCUCAACAUCCUAUGCUGUGCCCAAUCCAUCUGCUUAG